AUGAUGUCUUCCGCGACAUGGGGCGCCGAGGACCAACCCAUGGCCUCGGCCAGGGAAGACGACUUCAACCCUUUCCUCGACCUCGGCGGCAUCGGCAACGUCGGCAACGUCCCCGACGUCGGCGGCAUGGGAAGCGUGGCCGACGGCAUGCCCUUUGAGUUCCACGGCUUCCAGGACGGGGCCGCGCAGCUCGUCAUGCAGCAGCUGCGCCAGCAGGCCGACGUCAUCAUGGGCAACUCCAACCCGGCGGGCAUCCUGUCCCGAGCCGACAACCUCCUCGCCGACUACGCACCGGCCAUGACGUCGCCGGCGCAGAUGAUGGCCACGUCGGCGCCCGCCGAUCCCCUAUCCACCAUCGACGCCCAGAUUCACUACCUCCAGCAGCAGAGGAUCCAGCAGCGGCAACGGCAGCUUCAGGAGCAGCGAGCCACCUUCUUCUCCAACCACGGCCAAUCCAUACCCCCGACGCCCCAGAGCCUCGACAUGGCUCCGUCGAGCGGCCAGUUCUUCUCCCAGCCCGACCAGGCGCGCCAGCGAGGCUCCUACGACCGAGCCCAUCACCAGCGGAUGGCCGAGCAGCAAGAUAUGGCCUUCACUCCCCUCGUGUCCCCCGCCGUGACGCCCCUCGAUCCUCACUUCAACAUGGAGCAGGCUUUCGCCAUGCCCGGCUCCUACUUCAGCCCCCUCACCUCACCUGCCCUCCACGCGCAAAACGACGGGCCGUCGGCCUACGACCUCGGCACCCACUCCAACAGCUCGCCCGUCGAGAUGGACCUCGAGGCAGCCGCCGUCGCGCCCGCCGCCGCCCAGGACCUGUCCAAGAAGGCGAGGAAGAACAACGCGGCCAAGGCGAGGGGCAAGGUGAGCGGCGUCAAGUACUCGCCGAUAACGAAGCCGCAACGGCGAAAGACGGGACCCAGCCCCGCCAUCAUGUCGCAGGUGCUGAGCGAGGUGGAGGAGCGAAACAUGCGCCCCGGCGACCAGGGCCUGCUGCCGAUGCCGGCGACGUCGACGGACGGGUCCGAGGACGCCUCGGUGUCGCCCGAGAACCUGACCGACAUGCCUCCACCGCCGGUGCCGAACCGUCGGUCGAGCAGCAAAUCACCCUACAUCCACCCGCAGAAUGGACAGCCGGAGAAGCGCCGGGCCGAGGCGAGCUUUCUGGUCGAGGGGCCGCGGCAUGCCCAUCCCGCGACGCCCGCCUCGCUCAUGAGGCUCCCGGCCUCGAAAGCGGCGACGCUGGCGCCCAGCAGCCAUGACGAGGACGUGACGGGCUCGGAGACGAUUGAAUGCCUCGAGCUUCCCGAGUCCGUCUCGAGGAUACGGCCGCUGGUUCCUGUCGGCGCCGCGCUCGCGGCCUCGUCGCCCCGUCUCGAAUCAAGGGCAAGCAAGGGCUCGGCCCUGCAGCCGCUGCCUUCGCCCGGCAUCCGGACGUCGGAGGCGGCGACGGCCAACCGGAGCCCCCCGCUGCCCCCCGGCUCCUCGGGGCCGAGCGCGAGGAGGACGCCGCAGCUGUCGUCGAGGAACAGCAGGAAGCGUUCCACCAGUUCCGUGCACGCAUCGCCCGCGCUUCUUCCCAGGAUAUCCCCCCACAUCAAGCCCCUGCUGCCCGGCACCGGCGGCAUAUCGGCCGAGGACACGGCGUCGCGGAUGCUCAUGUCCAAGUCCAACUACCAGAACAUAUUGGAGGGGAACACCGUCCCCGGCGUCUCGUACCCCACCGAGCUGUCGACGAACCUCACGUCCAAACGAACAUCGCACAAGAUUGCCGAGCAAGGACGACGCAACCGCAUCAACGCGGCGCUGCAGACCAUGGCCGCCCUUUUACCCGACGGCCAAAAUGUCGAAGCCGAGGAGGCGGAGAGCAAGGACGGAAAAGGCAACGCGCCGAACAGCAAAGCCAGCGUGGUGGAGAACGCCAUCGUGCACAUGCAGAAUCUGCAACAAGAAAAUGUCAAGCUGAAACAGGAAGUCGAGGAGCUGAAGUGUCAACUGGACAAGCGGAAAGAUUCACCGGCCCAUCCGUGA